AUGUUGUCUAGAAUCCCUCCUAAGCUGCCAAUUGCGCGCUCAUUGCGCCUGCCAUCAAUUCAAGCACGAAGUGUCACAACCGUGCCUUUUCGACUACCAGCAGCCAGGAAUGAACCGAAUUUUGACUACAUCAAAGGAUCACCCGAAAGAGCACAGUUAGAGAAAUCACUCAAAACCCUCAAGUCUCAAUUACCGCUCGAAAGCCCAUUCUUCGUCAACGGCAAAGCGCAGUCGGCUUCGAAUACCAUCGGACAGCCAAUUCCAUCCGAGCACGCUACCACAUUCACCAACUAUCCGCUUGCGACUCCGGAACAAGUCAAUGCAUCGAUUGAAUCAGCGCUGGGUGCUAAGAAGGAAUGGGAAAACACGCCGUUCGUCGACAGAGUUGCUAUCUUCCAGCGAGCUGCGGAGCUCGUGACUGGAAAGUACCGAUAUGAUCUGAUUGCUGCGACGAUGCUGGGACAGGGAAAGAAUAUCUGGCAAGGAGAGAUUGAUGCCGCGGCCGAACUGGCGGACUUCUUCCGUUUGAACUGUAAUCUGGCUGCUGAGUUGUUGGAGAAGCAGCCGGACCGUGGGAGCCCGGGGAUGUGGACACGAGUGGAUUACCGACCCCUCGAAGGAUUCGUCUACGCAAUCUCGCCAUUCAACUUCACAGCCAUUGGAGGUAACCUAGUCUCCGCUCCCGCACUGAUGGGCAACGUUGUGGUUUGGAAGCCUUCCCCAUCCAACGUCUACGCCAGCACCCUGGUGUACAGGAUCCUCCUCGAAGCAGGCCUACCCCCCAACGUGAUCCAGUUCGUCACCGGUGACGCCGAACAAAUCACCCAAACGGUCCUCUCCCACCGCGAAUUUGCAGGUCUGAACUUUACAGGCUCCUCAGACGUCUUCCGCUCGCUGUAUAGUCAGGUCGGACAGAAUAUCGGCAAGAAAGUCUACCGCGACUACCCUCGUUUGGUUGGCGAAACCAGCGGCAAGAACUUCCACCUCGUUCAUCCGACGGCUGACGUCGACAGCGCCGUUUACCACACUAUCCGGGGCGCAUUCGAGUACCAGGGACAGAAAUGCUCAGCUACAUCGCGACUUUAUCUCCCUGAGUCGCGGGCUCAGGAGUUCCUGUCCAAGCUCAAGGAGCAAACGAAGACUAUCACCAUUGGAUCUCCCGACCAGGACUUGGAUGCGUUCAUGGGGCCUGUCAUCCACCGGGGUUCCUUUGAGAAGAUCAAGGGCAUCAUCGAUGCCAGCAACAAGGACUCGUCGUUGGAAUUGAUCACGGGCGGGACUUACGAUGACUCGAAGGGCUUCUACGUGCACCCAACCGUCUACCGGGCUAACGACAUCGAUCACGCGCUGUUCAACACGGAGAUUUUCGGCCCCGUGCUGACAGUGUACGUCUACCCAGACAACGAGUGGUCAUCUAUCUUGCAAAAGAUUGACAAGAGCGGCGGCGGAUUUGCCCUAACGGGAGCUGUCUUCGCGGCGGAUCGGAAGGCCGUCCGAGAGGCUGAGGAUACGCUGCGGUAUUCGGCAGGAAACUUCUAUAUCAACUGCAAAACGACAGCCGCACUUAUCGGACAGCAAACAUUUGGCGGAAGCCGUUCCAGUGGAACAAAUGACAAGGCCGGUAGUCCGAAUGCUCUCUUGCGAUUCACAAGUCCUCGGACGAUUAAGGAGGAAUUUUUCCUGCUGGAUGGAUACAAGUACCCUAGCAAUCAGUAA